ACGGAUGUCACAUGUACCACUGUCAUAUUUACCCGAUGUAAGAUAGAUACAAUAGACAACAAUGUAUCCGUCACAUCUUUUUAUUCACUUGUUUGUGAUAUACGGAAGUUUACUUUGUGGUCAAAGCUUGACUGAGGAUAACAUUUUUACAAAUGAGUUGUACAGAAGUAAAAGAAAUGUUGAUUGUGGAUCGUCGAAUACCUUGAAGAAAUAUACAUUUUAUCCUGGACACACUGCAUGUUUGACUGCGUCUUCAUCUGCUGAUUUGGCCUCAUCAGGUGUGACCGCAGAUGAGAAGACAGAAAUAGUGAAUAAACACAAUGCUUUACGAUCUCUCACUCAAGCUACAAAUAUGAUGAAAAUGAGCUGGGAUGACGAAACUGCUUACAUAGCUCAAAAAUGGGCAGAAAAUUGUAUGACAUCACAUGAGUCUCCUGGUCUGAAACGGACCAUUCCAGGGAGGUUUGGACUUGGUCAAAAUCUUUUCUGGGGAUCCGGAAAGUAUACCUGGAGUGCCGCUAUACAAAGUUGGUAUGAUGAGAUCAACGAUUUCACAUUCAAUGGUCAAAAUGUAUUCAGUAAAAUUGGACAUUAUACACAGAUUGUUUGGGCAGAUUCUAUAAAGCUUGGCUGUGGUUAUGCCCAGUGUAAUUCAGCACGUACUCAUUUCUAUGUGUGUAAUUAUGGACCAGCUGGUAACAUUGGAGAUACGAGUAAACCAUAUAAACAAGGAACACCCUGCCAAGAUUGUCCGGGAAAUUGUGUCAACAAAUUAUGUGAUUGCGACAAGGUUUGUUUAAAUGGAGGAACCCUUGACUUAUCAGCCUGUACAUGUAGUUGUAAGAGUGGUUAUAGUGGACCAGAUUGUUCAUUAAACUGUGUGACCAAGACAGACCCCGGAUAUUGUGGUACACAGUAUCCUCCUAGUCAUUGUGUGACUUACAGUAAUGUCCCAUCAGAUUGUCCACAUAUGUGUAAAAUAUGCCCAAAUGGCGGUGUUGCAGUAACUGGGAAAAGUAAUGGAAGAGGAGUAUUAAGAUUCGGCAUAUCUACAACUGACACAUCUGGUGAAAAAGGAAGUACCAGUACUUCGACUUUCAUUUCGAUUCUAAGAAUCAGUGUGACAGCCAUUAUAGUCAUAUACUAUGUUUUUUGACGUAUACAUCAUUUCGAUUCUCAGAAUCAGUGCGACAGCUUUUAUAGUCAUGUUCAAUCUACUUUGACGUACACAUCAUUUCAAUUUUCAGAAUCAGUGUGACAGCUAUUAUAGUCAUAUUCAAUGUUCUUUCACGUAACCAUUACUAUACAAAACUGUUAUAAUUUUGUUAUCUGACUUACGAUUAUUUUAAUGUAGAUGGUGGUGUUGCAGUUACUGGAUUAAGUGACGGAAAGGGAGUAAUCAAUUUCGAUCUGACAGGAACUGGAUCAGGAAUUACGAGUCCUUCAACGAUCGAAACUUCAGAGCCAGUUACUGUUCCAUCGAGAAGUACAAGUACUGUGAAGACUGACAUUUCUCAAUCUGCAACAACGGUAACAGAACAAACAACUUAUUCGAAAAGUGAC